UAUUUGAGUUAUUAGAUCCCCAUAGGCUUAUAUAAUUUCAUACUAUAUAUUAAUAGUAAUAUAAUAAUUAUAGCAAUUUAUUAUCAACUUAAAUAUAAUAAUCUAAAUAAUAGAAUUAAAGUAUAUCUGAUAGUUGGAGAGUAAUGGCAAGAAGGAAUAAUGUACUUGAGAAUGUGAGAGGAGGUCAGAGAAAUACCAGAAAUCCUAGAGGAAAUUAUAGAUUUCGCAACAGAAACAACAAUUCAGUCAAUAACAACACAAAUAAUAACAGGAGAAAUGUAAGAAGGGUAUUUAAGGCCAAAACAUUUAAAGGCCGCGCUUUGAGAAGGUUUGGAGGAGGACAAGCGCCAGUUGAAAAUCAGGGCGAAUCAAACCCUGCUAGGCGAGGCCGAUUUAGGCGUCCAAGGCGCAAUUUCGCCUUUCGCAGAUUCAAUAAAAAUAUGAGAACUAAACAAAAUUUUAAGAAAAAUAAGGAUCAAAAAACUGCAGAUCAGAUGGAUAUGGAGUUGGAUACUUACAUGGGCGGCGAAGCUACUAGAGCUAAACUUGACGCUGAUUUGACUAACUACUUCUCACAACCAGAAACCACAAAUUAAUUUUCUUGUCAUUAAUCUUGUAAUAGUAUGA